CGUGUGAACGGCGCGACUAGAAGAGAAAAGUUUCAUAGAGGUAACACAAAACUAAGAGGUUUGAGUGUUUCAUGCUUCUCUAACUUGGAUUAUUUCGGUGCGACUUCUGCAACGUAAGCGAUCUGACAUCGGAUAAAAAGAUAAUCUGCAGAUCGGAGGAUGUCUCUUCCUAAGCGGGAAGUGGAGGAGUUGAGGCCAUGGGUGGAGCGCACUGUGAAGAAGGUGCUGGGUUUCUCGGAACCCACUGUGGUUACCGCAGCUUUGCACUGUGUUGGAAAGGGACUUGACAAAAGGAAGACCAUAGACCAGCUGCGUCCCUUCCUUGAUGAGUCAGCUGGAGGUUUUGUGGAGCGCCUUUUUGAAGCACUGGAGGAGAGCCGCAGUGCCCGUGGCAACAAAGGAGCUGGAGAAAAGAACCGCAAGAGAGAACUUAAGGAUGUGUUCGGUGAUGAGGCUGAAACAGUUGCAGUGCAAGAGGCUCUGGAUCCAGGAGAUGGGACAGCUCCAAAGCGGAAACGGGUCCCUCGAUUUGAGGAGGUGGAGGAGCCUGAGGUCAUACCUGGACCUCCAGAGAGCCCUGGCAUGCUCACCAAAAUGCAGAUCAAACAGAUGAUGGAAGCAGCCACAAAACAGAUAGAAGAGAGGAAGAAACAGCUGAGCUUUUCUUCCCCAGUCCCUGCUGCACCACGGUCACAGUCUCAGAUGGAAGCCCCUCCAGUGUCACGGCUUCUUGGCACUACCGCUUCUGCAGCUGCAGGUGGUGGUUCAUCUAUCGCCCCCUCCCAGGCUGCCAGCUUCAUGAAUGAUGCUAUCGAGAAGGCUCGGAAAGCUGCUGAGCUACAGGCUCGCAUCCAGUCUCAAUUAUCCAUGAAACCGGGGAUCCUCGGAGCCCUGGGGAACACUGGGCCUCACAACCUAGUGGCACUAGCUAACCUGCACGCCAUGGGAAUUGCUCCACCGAAAGUGGAAAUCAAGGAGGUGAAUAAGCCUACGCCUCUUAUUCUGGAUGACAAGGGAAGAACUGUGGAUGCUAGUGGCAAAGAAGUGGAACUCACACACCGCAUGCCCACACUAAAAGCUAACAUUCGAGCAGUAAAGAGAGAGCAGUUCCGGCAGCAACUAAAGGAGAAGCCAGGGGAGGACUUGGAGUCCACUUCUUACUUUGACCAGCGGCUGUCUUUAGCAGCAGCUCAGCGGGCUCGCAAGAGCUUCAAGUUCCAUGAACAGGGGCGAUUUGAGAAGAUUGCUCAAAGAAUUAGAACUAAGGCCCAGUUGGAUAGGUUACAGUGUGAGAUUGCCCAGGCAGCUAAGAAGACAGGAAUCCAGGCAUCCACCAAGCUGGCCCUGAUUGCUCCCAAGAAGGAGAUUGGAGAAGGGGAGGUGCCCAGCAUUGAGUGGUGGGAUUCCUACAUCCUGCCCACCAAUGUAGACAUAAACCCAGAAACAAAAUUUGAAGAUUUGGUGCUCUUUGGCGUGACCAACCUGGUAGAACAUCCUGCUCAGAUUAGCCCUCCAGUUGACACAGAUAAGCCAGUAACACUGGGUGUAUACCUAACAAAGAAAGAACAGAAGAAACUGAGACGACAGACACGCAGGGAAGGCCAAAAAGAAGUGCAAGAAAAGGUCCGUCUUGGACUGAUGCCUCCACCAGAACCCAAAGUACGCAUCUCCAACCUGAUGAGAGUAUUGGGGACGGAGGCAGUUCAGGACCCUACAAAAGUAGAGGCCCACGUCAGAGCACAGAUGGCCAAGAGACAGAAGGCUCACGAGGAAGCCAAUGCAGCUCGCAAGCUCACAGCAGAGCAGAGGAAAGAGAAGAAAGUCAAGAAGUUAAAAGAAGACCUCACUAAUGGUGUUUCUAUCGCAGUAUAUAGGAUCCGUAACCUGCAAAAUCCUGCUAAGAAGUUUAAAGUGGAGGCUAACGCCAACCAGCUGUACCUGACUGGCACAGUAGUUCUUCACAAAGACGUCAACCUUGUUGUGGUGGAGGGAGGCCCCAAAUCCCAGAAAAAGUUCAAGAGGCUGAUGAUGCACAGAGUCAAAUGGGAGGAACAUAACUCUAAAAGAGAUGAUCCAGAUGGUGAUGAUGAUACAAAGAGGAACAACAAGUGUUGGUUGAUUUGGGAGGGCACAGCUAAGGAACGUAGCUUUGGGGAAAUGAAGUUUAAGCAGUGCCCCACUGAGAGCAUGGCCAGGGAACACUUCAAGAAACACGGCACAGAACACUACUGGGAUCUCGCUCUCAGUCAGAGUGUGUUGGAUAGCACAGACGACUGAAACCUGCCAGUAGAGCACCUACUUUCAAUCAGUUCCCCCCUUCCUACAUGCCCCCAGACCCACAGCUUCAUAGCAGACCGGUCCUCACUGCUGACUGGCUCGCUUCAGCGGGGGACGGACAGACUUAAUAAAGAGACUUGAACAUAGAAAAGGAGGAACAAUAAACCUGUGUGUAUGAGAAUGUGUGACAGACGAGGGUGUGUAUGUGUUAUGUGUAGGGCUGUGGUGUGUGUGUGAGUGUGUGUAUGCCUGCAUCAGUGUUCAUCUUUCUGGUGGGAGGGUAUUCUGUCAGAUGUUUGAUCUAUUAUUGAAAACAACCUGACAGAUUGCACUGUGUGAUGUAAAUCACUUACCCAUGGCUUUAUGUAAUGAUGAAAAAUAGCGUCAGAUUAUGAUGUGACUCAAGUUUUGUAAUGAUAUCCCUCAUGUACAUGAAUAUAACACCCAAGCAGUUAAUAAAAGCCCAUCCCAUCAGUGAAUGGCUGCACUCGAAUUGUGCUAACACAUUUACAGUCAACCUGAAAAGAUACCUGACAAGUUACUGUGUUCAUAUGGAGAGCCCCCAAAUCCAUUAUUUUUUGUUUUUGGAUGAACGACAAAUGUUUGACUCACUUGUAGUAUACUUGUAUUUCUCUGUAACGUUUAAGUCACAGCCUUAAAUAAAAAGAAGUAAAUUUAA